ACUCCAGGCAGACAGAAGUCAUACACGAACGUAAGCAUAAUGCAUGGUCAUGGUUUGUUUGUCCUGUUUCACGUAGACAAUUGAUGUAAAGCCAGUAUCGUUUCGUGUCUCUGAUAAGAUAGCUCAUUGAUUUAAUGACAGACUGCAAUCUUGAUGAUUGGCAUUUGUACCCAAAUUCCAACGUACCACAGAAUCCACCCGAUCUCGUGCUCGUCCUCUUUUUCUCAUUCACAGGACAAACUUCGCAUGCGAAACAUGUUCCGUUUAUCAAUCCAUGUCACGGUAAAGAUUACCCCGCAGUAUUAUUUCGCACUCAGUGCCACACACAGGGACUCGAUUUGACGAAAAAGUGAAAAUUUCCAAACAAUAACAAUGUCAGGUACGUAUGUUGAGUCAAGCUACCCGAAUUUUCGCAAAUUUGUGGAAACCGGUGUCAAAUUUCCAACGGGGUCGGACUGGUUGAGAGCAAAGCGGAAAGUGGACAAUCUGGGGUCCACAUCGCUUUGGAGGGUUCACGACAAGCUGUACAAUCUUUCCAGUUUUAUUGACCUCCACCCCGGCGGGAGGGAUUGGAUAGAGACGACUCGCGGUACGGAUAUCACGGAAGCAUUCGAAACUUCUCACCUCGUUAAUGUAGAAAAAGUAGAUGCUAUUUUGGCAAAGUAUUAUGUCCGAGAUGCAGACGUCGGUCAUGUGCGGAAUUCUCCAUAUACUUUUGAAGAGGAUGGAUUUUAUAAGACGUUGAAGAGAAGAGUUCGUCCAUUACUUGAGGAAAUCGGAACAGGACCAAGUCCCGCUUUAACUAUGUUGCAAGACAGUCUUGUGCUACUGUAUGCGACCACGGCCCUUGUCGGUGCAUCCUACUCGUCCACCCUGGUCCAAAUCAUGUCCGGUUUCCUGCUCGGCAUGAGUGUCGUCUGUGCUCAUAAUUUUGCACACAUGAAAGACACUUGGCGGCGUUUCUACCUGGACUUGUGUCCCUUUACCAGCUACGACUUCAGAAUCACGCACAACUUGAGUCACCACAUGUUCCCCAAUACUGUGCUGGAUUACGAAUCGGAAUCGCUGUCGAUUAUCCUGGACACUCGGCCGGGGAAGGAUAAGCGUGGAUAUAUUCGAGGCGUUGCUACUCCAUUCUUGGCUCACAUUUUCUACACGCAGCUUUUCACCUUAUCGUUCAUAUCAUGGAUAAGAUUGCUGUUCAGAAAAGAAGUUCGACCGGAACAAGGUCUGAUCGCACUCCAAGUUUUGGGAUUCUUUUAUUUCUCUCCAGAUAUUCUGACGGGGAUAAAAUGCUUCCUUAUCGUUUUUGCCGGGGCGUCCUACUGGAUCGGUUUCUUAUCCAAUUCACAUCAUCAUCCUGCAUGCUUUCACGAUGGGGACCAACCAAUUUCUGAUUGCGAUUUUGGCCUGCGUCAACUGGAUACCGUUCUUGAGAAGAAUGACGCCGUCCAUUCGACGUUGCUCGCCAUUUCGACCACGUUCGGAGAGCAUCCCCUCCACCACCUCUUUCCGACCGUGUGUCAGUCAAAACUCUCAAUGCUAAAACCAAUAUUUGAACAAACCUUGGAGGAAUUUCAGACAAAAAAUCGCAAAGUUACACAGUUAGAACUUUUUCGGGGGACAUAUCAACAGUACAUGAGGGACAAGGAGUUGACUUAUGAUGAGAGAAAGAAAAAUCUUCCAUAAUUUACUUACUUUUAUAUUUAUUUAGUUUAAAAUUACAAACUUGACGGGUCAUAAAAUAAACUUAUCUUCAGUAUUAAAUAAAAUGGUUAUGCCAUAAACCGGUACAAAAAACAUGUGAGAAAUUAGUCCAAUUGAUUAAAGGUUAAUUGUCCCAAUUUUUAAGAUCGUAAGCACUAAAAGUGUGGGUACAUUUAGACAUUUUAUUUAUUUAUUGCUCCAGAAACUUUCAGCAAUUUCAAAACUCUAAAAUGCUCUUUCGAUGUGAAGUUUCUCAAGUCCAGCAAGAAUAAGUGUAUUUAGUUAGAAUCCUUUGUGACUUUGCGAUUUUAGAAAGCGGUAUGCAGUUGGGAGAAUAAGUUGUACUAUCCAGAAGAAAAUUAUGCAUAUGCGACUUUCCUAGUACAUAACUUCACCUGCAUGCAGCUAUAAAUAAUGUAUGUAUAUGUUAGAAAUGUUGGCAUGUCGCCAUGAGAAAAGUACCUUGCGACCUUCCAGUAGGUGUAUAACUACAUGAUUAAUUUCAUAUGCAAUUAAUGUGUAAAUGAAUCAAUGCAUGCGCCAAGAUUACACGUUCUGAAAAGCGUAUGCUGGUCACAUAUGUAAGUAUGUAUGUACAUACAUAAAUCCAUUCAAAAUGCAGGCAUGUAAUAUCCAUUGUUUCUGAGGCCUAAUCCGCAUAAAACACGAGUUCCAGUUUUAUGAAAUUGGGGUAGAGUACCUCAAAAUCUAUCAUAUAUAUAACAGCCUUGUUCCAGAACCAGAAAUAUGUCCAGAAAUUUACUUUCAGGGUAAACACAUACAUACUUACCUAGAUACUUAUGAAACAACUUAUCUUUAAUUGCUGUUAAUAAACGUAUUGCGCAACUGAUUGUACUAGCUUCAAUUAAAUCAAAAUGUUGAUACAACUGUUUUUCGUUGUUUGUCUCACCAUAUC